AACCCCUUCACUACCAGCAAUGUAUGACGGCCCCACGAGCUACAGUCUAUCUCGUAUGCACAUGGGUUCUCUCUAUCAUAUGCGCUUGUCUACCUAUGUCCAGCGUGGCGUCGUAUGCCUAUAUCGAGGACAUCGGAGCCUGUACGGUCGACUGGGAACGAUCGACCUUAGGCUACACCAUCGCAGCUCAUCUCGUCAGCUUCUGUCUACCACUCGCAAUGAUCUUGUUCUGCUAUGCGAAGAUCUACAUUGUUGCGCGGAAAGUCAAACGACAGAUCAGACCACUUCCCGCCCAUUUCGCUGAGCAUCCGAGUCGCUGGGUGAAUGAAAAAAGUGGAUGUGAGAGACGAUCAGAAGGAGCAUCCAAAGCAACGGUGAAUGAGCGCACUCCUAAAGAAAAAAUGAAGUCUCUUCCUGAACACAUGACAAGCGUAGAUACGAGACUAAGUUCCAAAAUCGAAGAACUUAUCAAAAGUCCCAAAUCGGAAGGGCACUUUAAUAUACGGGCUUUGAGAAGGGAGAAUAGGAAACGUUCAAUGUCAUUACAAGAGGUAGGUAACGAUCACUUAUUUAGUCGUCAUGGACUCUCUUCCGAAGACACAGAUGACAGAAGAGUCAACUUCUCUAUUCAAAGGGGUCUUUCAACAGUGCCAAAUCUGUUUCAAGUUGACCCUAAUGUGCCUGUGACUAAAGCAGAUAGUAACACAAAAACUGCAAAUAUAAGAGCCCAUAAGAUUUUAACUCUGAAUGGAAAACAAAACAGAAAUAAACGCUUAAUGAACAGACAUAAAUCGUCAACCAGUGGUGAAUCAGGCGAAUGGAAGCCAUUAGCGUCAAGGUACGUGUCUAGGAAAGCUGUAAGAUUGAAGAAAAUCCAAUCGUUACGUGAUACGAAGGCUGCUACAACUCUGCUCAUACUGUUAGGUGUGUUCCUAGUCUGUUGGAUGCCCUACGUAGUGGUGACCUUCUUACUCAAUGCUCAUAUGGUAGUUCGUCCCAUCGUUCAUUCCGCCCUCUUCAUGAUUGCCUUAACCAACAGCGUCUUAAACGUCUUUGUCUACGGUGUCCUCAACACCAAGUUCAGAGUGGGCUUCAGGAAGCUCUGGAAGCCAUGUUGCCUUUGGUUGAACGGUAGAUGUAAGAGCAAGUCGGAGGCUUCUGCCAUCAGACUCCGUAGCGUCAGUCAAUCCCUGAGGAACAAUGGUCCGAUGACAGACAGAGCAGAUGGUAUAGAACGAAGAGAAUACUUUUCGGAACAUGUUCGAUGACAAACAUUUCCUUCAUAACUCCCCAAAAUGUGAUAUCUAUGUAUUCAUUUUGACAGUUUCAUAGUCAUUC